AUGUCAACACUAGAGGAUCUCGAUGACCUCGAGCGUGAGCAGAAGGAAGAGAAGAAAGACGAGAAGAAGGAUGGCGAUGAAGGCAAGGAUGGAAAGAAGGCCGAUGGUGAUGCAGACAUGAAGGACACGGAGCCUGACGAGGAAGUGCUGGACGAUGAGAUCCUCAACCUGGCCACACGAGACAUUGUCGCGCGGAAGCGGUUGCUGGAGAACGACAUGCGAAUAAUGAAGAGCGAGUUCCAGAGGUUGUCACACGAGAAGGCUUCCAUGAACGAGAAGAUCAAGGACAACUUGGAUAAGAUCGAGAACAACAGGCAACUUCCGUACCUUGUCGGAAACGUAGUCGAGAUAUUAGACCUCGAUGUGACAGCGGAGGCGGCAGAAGAGGGUGCAAAUAUCGACUUGGACGCCACCCGUGUGGGCAAGUCGGCAGUCAUCAAGACGUCAACACGGCAAACCAUCUUCCUCCCACUGAUCGGUCUGGUCGAUCACGAGAAGUUGAAACCCGGUGAUCUGAUCGGGGUGAACAAGGAUUCGUACCUCGUGCUGGACACUCUACCAGCCGAGUACGACAGCAGAGUGAAGGCUAUGGAGGUCGACGAGAAGCCUACGGAGAAGUACACAGAUGUCGGCGGUCUAGACAAGCAGAUCGAGGAGCUCGUUGAGGCUGUCGUGUGGCCCAUGAAGGAGGCUGAGCGUUUCAAGAAGAUUGGCAUCAAGGCACCCAAGGGUGCGCUUAUGUACGGACCUCCCGGUACUGGCAAGACGCUACUCGCCCGUGCUUGCGCAGCGCAAACAGAUGCCACUUUCCUCAAGCUCGCCGGUCCGCAGCUCGUACAGAUGUUCAUAGGCGAUGGUGCGAAGCUUGUCCGCGACUGCUUUGCGCUUGCCAAGGAGAAGGCACCUUCAAUCAUUUUCAUCGACGAGCUUGACGCAGUGGGUACGAAGCGAUUCGAUUCGGAGAAAUCUGGAGAUCGUGAAGUGCAGCGAACCAUGUUGGAGUUGCUGAACCAGCUUGACGGGUUCGCAUCCGACGAUCGUGUCAAGGUGCUCGCAGCUACGAACCGUGUCGAUGUGCUAGAUCCUGCCUUGCUCCGAUCGGGUCGUCUGGACAGGAAGAUCGAGUUCCCUCUGCCGAACGAGGAGGCGCGCGCUCAGAUCCUGCGCAUCCAUUCACGGAAAAUGACGGUGGACGAUGGCGUCAACUGGCCGGAGCUGGCCCGCAGUACCGACGAGUUCGGCGGUGCGCAGCUCAAGGCCGUGUGCGUCGAGGCAGGUAUGAUUGCGCUCCGAUCAGGACAGCAGAAGAUCAGCCACGAGCACUACGUCGACGCCAUAGCAGAAGUACAGGCCAAGAAGAAGGACACGGUCAAUUUCUACGCGUAG